UCAAACCCUCUCAAAAUGGCGUCUCAGCUGCGUACACAACCAAAAAACAUAACCAUCCACCACAAAACCGCCACUUACUCCGCCUACGACGUAACAUGUUUCGGUCACCACGUCCGAACCAUCGUAACAAGCUGCCCAAACAUAGUAACAAAAUGGAUAACCCAUAUCCAAUCCAAUAACCCAUCAACCAUAGUAGGGUUAGACACCGAAGGGCUCAACCCAAUUAAAAUCUUACAACUUUGUGUGGGACCCAAUUGUCUGAUCUACAAACUUAUUCAUACCACGUCAAUCCCUCAAAUCCUCGUCGAUUUUUUAAAAGAAUCGACGUGGAAAUUCUCAGGUGUCGGAGUUUUAGGUGAUCAUAAGCGACUUCUUAGAGACUAUGAAUUGGAUUUGGGAAUUACGAUCGACGUAAGUAAAAUUGCGGCGGAGGCGGAUUUGGUUCGGGUUAACGCCGGAUUGAAGGCGGUAACAAAGGCCGUUUUAGGGUGGGAAAUGGAAAAGCUUAAGGAAAUUACAAAGAGUAAAUGGGAAAAAGAAAUUCUUGAUGAUAGUCAAGUGUUUUAUGCUUGUGUAGAUGCUUUUGUUGGUUACCAUAUUGGUAUAAAGCUUAUAGUUGGUGAUGAAUGUGUUCAUGAUUAUUGUAUUCAUCAUCAACUUUUUGGUGAUCAAUUUGAUUAA